ACUAUAGUUCAUGAAGCAAUGCCAAAAAGAAGAAGACACUAUAGAUUACAAAAUAGUGCCGCACUGAACCAUGUGAAAUCAUCAAAAAAUGCUCAGAAUACAGUUAAGUCCGUGAAUGGAAGGAGCAGUUCUAUAAGUCAAUACAUGUCACCUAAAUUCAAAAGAAAGCGAACAGAUGAAGCGUUUGAUCAUAGGUCUUUUAUGGGGAAAAAGAAAAGGAAGCUAUUUUCAGGUGGAACUGAUGCCUUAAGUAACAAUAACAAUAUAUGCUAUGACAAAAAUGUGAAAGGCUUGAUGGUAGCCAAGGACAUUACAGAUUUUAAUCAUGUGAACUUGGAGCAGAAGGAGGAGAUGAGUGACUUGAUGGGUGAUAUCAGAGGGAGUAGUGGUGAGGAAGAGGAUUUCAGUGAUGACACCAGUAGAGGUAAAGAGGAGGAGGAGGAGGAGGAGGAGGACGAGGAUGAAGAAGCAUUGGACGGAGCAAAUGUUUUAGAUAUCGGCAAUAGUAAUCUAGAAGAGGGUGAUAACGAUAAUGAAGAGGAGUCAAGUGAAGAAGAGUCCAGCACUGAAACUGAUAAUGAUGACAGUACUUCGGGAGAGGAGGAGGAAGAUGAUGAUAGCAAAGUUAAUAAUCUUCAGAAAUUAACGGGCAAGAAGGAUGAAGAUGAGGAAGAGGAUGAAUUUGAAGACAGCCAGAGACAUCCUGGUGAAGGCUUUAACACUACUGCCAAGAGGUCAUUGCCACCUUUAAGUUUGAUGUCGCAAGAUCAUGUAUCAGAGUCUACUAACAACACCUCAAAACUAGAAAUACAAGUUACAUCUCAGAAACAGUUGAUGGAAGAGAUGCAAAUGAACCAACUUCAAAAUCAGUCAGAUAGUCAAGCAGUACCACCCCAUGUUGCUGAAGCCAUGUUAAUGCAGAGUCCACUUGCAACAUCUCUCCUACAGUCUUUUCUUGCUACAUCAUUAUGGUUUGGUUCACCAGAAACCUCAAAGAAAAAGAAAACUGGAGGGCAAUCCAAGCAGAAGCAGUUGCAACAAGAUUCAGAUGACCUUACAAGAGAGACUUUAGCAGUUGCUGCAGGAUCAACAAAAGAUAAAAAGAAGCGGCAAGAACUAAAGAAUACAGGCCAAAGUUAUGUGAAUACCAAGGGAAAGCUUGUAGAUGCAAAGAGAGUAUGGCCACAGGACUGUAGUAGAUGCCCUUUAAAAUGUAAUGCAAGAAUAAGUGAAGAAGAUCGGCUUCGUAUAUUUGCUGAAUAUUGGGGUUUGGCAGAUUAUAAUUUGCAGAGAAAUUACUUGGCUGCGCAUAUGCAACGGGAAGAGAAGUUGGGUCCGAGUGGGCUACUAAGGACUGUUAUUCUGUACUUCCUCUCUCGGGACAAAGAUACAAAAUUACAGGUUUGCCGUCAAUUCUUCUUGAAGACUUUAGAUGUAUCAGAAAAGGCUUCAAGAAUUGUUUUGGAGAAAAUGGUUCGUGGCGAACUGGGGACUGAAGGAGGUGGCCCAGCUACACCACCAUUGUUUAGUAAUCGUCCACAUUCAUCACAAGGAGAUAAUGAAAAGUCCGGUAAAGAAGAUGGUGAAGAUGACGACGAAGAGGAAUUGAAAAGUGAUGACUUGUCUUGAGUGAUAAUAGAUCAUAUAUCUGGACCAUUUUUGUAUGUUUCAACUUGCACUCAUCAUGUAGUUUAUAGUUUUUUGUCAUGUCUGAAGUAUGAGGUGAAAAGACAUCACAGGCUACAUGCUUAUAAAGCAAAGGCAGUAUAGGAAGAGGAUGUGUAGUAAAAAUUCAAGUAGCUGAGGCUUUCAAGGACCAAUAAGUUUUUGCUUGUGCUUUAUUAUUAAACAUAAUUUGUACUAUAAUAGGAUUUUGAGUAUUUGUAGCCUAAGAAGAAAAAAAAGCAAAGAAAUGUCUAGGGAAAUGGGCAGCUCAUUUAAGAAACCAAAUGGAAUAUGUAAACUCUGUAAUAAUUUAUGGAGAUCACUUCUUGUGCUUGAAAUUUGCAGGAUCUACAGUUACAUUAAUUACCCAUUAAAAUUGGACAGUUUAAACUGCUGUCGGAGUUCAGAAAGUGUAUGAGUGAAGUAGUAGUGACAUGAAGUUUUAUAGGUGAGAGUAGUGCAUGGCUUUGUUAUGUAUAUUUUAGAUGUAUUGCAAUCGUUUCAUAGGUGUAAGAGUCUCCUCCAAGUGUCAUUUUAUAUAUAUUUUUCUUUUUACAAAUAAAUCAAUAGCCACAUGA